AAAGAUUGUCCCUUCUCCCGACCCGUUCUUCAAUCUCGGAAGCGCAGUUGUUUACGGAAUGAGAACCGAGGAAAUAUGCGAUAGCUACGAGAAAACAUUGUGUUGUACUGCUCAGCAACCGAAUAAAGGUUGAUUUUAGAUCCAUGUUGUCGCAAACAUAAACUCUUCUUUUUUUAGCAUGGAUAUUCAGUGUUUCUUUAACUGCUUAUCACAUGAUCGGGAUCUGUAACAUGAACUCUUGAUUCAGAGCUGCUAGGAAGCUAACGUGGAUAACUGAGUCGACUGUAUUAUGAAUUAAUUUAGCAUAAUGUUCAGUUUGAUGCCCAGAUACAGUCUCUGAAAGUUGCAUUUCCUUCAGCUCAUCUUUUUGUUGGCAUAAUGGCUGAGACGAUAGUAACCUUUCAGUCCCAACUCUCGGGGGUGAUGGAAACGGUCUUCAAAGCCGCCAUGUACGAGAUCACCCGGCUGGUCGAGGACAGCUUUCUUGAAGAGGUGACACGGUGCAGGGACCAGAUCGAGACCCUUAAAAGACGACUGAAGUGGUCUGAGAGCCGACGUAAAGAGAGGGAGGGUGACAGGAGGGGGAGAUGUGCUGACUGCGGAAGGAUCGGGGGGUCAGGGGGGGAAGAGCCCAGAGCCACAGGUGAGUCGGUCAGGUGUUACUCUUCUAAUGUGUAUCUGUGUGACCUCCAUUGAAAACAUGAUCACUACUUUCAAUUAAUAAUUUUAAUAAUGACAUUUGCGGUUUCACAAGACUGUUCCAUAAUGUGAUAGAUUUAUUCCAGUUAAUCUUCAGCAAUUCAAUAAAAUUAUCCAUGGUAAGUAGGGGAGAGUGGGGUAAGAUGAGCCAUUUUUUUUAUAUUUAGGAUCACUACAUCAAGGCAAUCAUAGUUUUGUCUCUAACUAGUGUAUCUGUAUAUAUUCCAAGAUGUUGUGCAUCCCUGCAAACCAACAGAAUAAGUGUAAACAUAACUGUCUUGAUAAUACAGCAUGCCAAAAAAAGUGGUCUCCUAUGGUCAACUUACCCCGUGUAUGGGGUAAGUUGACCAUAGGAGCGGGGUAAGUUGAGCCAUAUCUCUACCACCCCCCACUCUCCACCCCAGCCCUCCCUCACUUUCUCUCUCCCUAAAUAACAGUCACUUCUUCACAUUCAUGUGAGGCCCGUGGCACUCACCCCUAUCAUCAUAAAAUGCUUUGAGAGACUGGUCAUGUCAUGAAACACAUUAAAACCUCCAUACCACUGUCAUUUGAUUAUAAUCAGUUUGCAUACGGGAAGAACAGGUCGACAGAGGAUGACAUUGCUAUUGUGUUGCACUCUACUACAACAUCUUGAACACAAGGUACAGAUAUGGAAGGCUCCUCUUUGUUGACUUCUACAUAAGUAUGGACUCUUUAGUAAUGGACACAUUACUAUGGUUUGCUAACUGUGAUACACAACUGGACUGUCAAUAUUUCAUAUGCACUAGCACUAUUGCACUUUGGGAUAUUACUUAUUUUUCUCUAUUUACGAUUAUUGUUAUUGUGUACUUGAUGCCAGUGGUGAUGGGGAUGCUCUAUACAAAUUCCGUUGUUAAAUUUGUUCAACAAUGGCAAUAAAUAACUUGAACUUGAUUUUUAUUUAUUAUCAACUACUUAACAGGUACAAUAAUUCUUUUUCUUUUUAUUAUUGCAUAUAACUGUUAAACGCUGCUUUGUAAAAAGUCAUUUUAACAUGCAAUUGCCUUAAAGUGAUUCAGAACAUUCACAGCUGUAUUUUUGAAAAGAAAAAGUAACACAUUUCAACAAUCUGAACUGAAACUCUGAUCCUCUCAUCAGACUCCUUUACUUUCUCAGUUGAGCCACUUGCUCAACUUAUCCCUGGCCAAAUGGCUCAACUUACCCCAGAACUACUAUUAUGACUUUAUUAGUCCUCUAGGCUAAAAUGGUAGGUUUUUAUGCUAGGUUUUUGACCUCAUGUUGCAGCUCAUAGCUACCACAAUGUAAAAUGUAAAAUGAUCUUUUUACGUGAUGAUAGACUAAAUUCACUUUCAAGAGUGAAAAAUGUUUUUUGUAAAUAAAUGUCUAACCCCUUCUUCACCCAUGUCCUUCUUACCUUCACAGACUCCAUGAAUUGAUGCCCAUCUCCUAAAUAUCUGAUCACAUUAUCAAUUUCUUUUACCAUUUCCAAGCAACAGAGGGUGGCUCAACUUACCCCACUCUCCCCUAUAACACGCAAUAUCAUAAAUGUGACAUAAAAUAUCAGGUACAGUGUGUAGUAUUAAAAGAACAGACUUUUUAGAAACUGAAUAUUGUAAGUAGCUUAGGAUCAAAGAUACUAAAAACAUUUUUUUCUUACCUUAGAUUGAGUCCUUUGCAUCAACCAGCCAUAACAUUAUAAACUCCCAAGCAAUCAAAUGCAAUCCUAUACAACAAAUCUACACUCAGACAUUUUAUUUUUUUAUGUGAAGUCACAGAAUCCUUAAAAUGUAAAAAGAAGAUGCUCUCCCUCUAAACAAGCAGAUCAACAUAAAGAAAUAAACAUCUCUUCUCUCCCCCUGCAGAAAAAAGUCUUAAAGAGGAGAGUAUACUGCAAGAAGAGACAAACAUCCCACAGGGCAAUGAUGGAGAGAUGCCUUGUCAAGAAGCAGAAGAGGCCUACUGUUCCAUGAAGACAGCACAGGUGAAUGAUACCUUCAGACACUGUAGAAGAUCUUUUAAAUAUUUUACCAUAUUAGAAAUAUUCCACUGUGUUCACAAGCACAGUCAGAGUCAAUUUUACUGUUCAACUUCCAAGGAGACUGGUUUUACUUGAUGUCUUUGUGUUUAUAGUGUUGGUAUUAAAUUAGACUUGUGUUCAACUCGAAGAAAGUAGAGAUAGGACUUUUGUAUUACUUCUGCCUUUCUGUUUGUCUGCCAGUCUCCAGGUGAAAAGCUGGAUGGGCUGCUCAAGGAGGAAACCCUUCCAAUCACGCCAGAAACAGCUGAUUCCCAGGAGAGAUGGGGUGUCACGUUGGGGGGUCAGUCUGAUCAUGUGCUGUAUUCAGAUAGAAUCAGGGAAAAAAGACAGCUUGAUUUUCUGCCAUGUUUUACAAGUUGCAUAGCAACAUCAGCUAUAUUGAUUUCUAGAUAAAUCAUAAACCCAAUAACAAACACUCUGAAAGGGAUUGAAAUGUCCUUAAUUUCAGGUUUCAUGUUGUGAUUAUAUCCUUGAAAAGUAACAUUAUCAGUAUGGAGCUAAAUCCAGACCAAAAGGUUUGUUAAUUAAAAAAAAGUAAUUAAAAAAAUAAAUAAAUAAAAGAAAGUUCAAGGUUUGACACCAUUGUAGUCUGUGAUACUGCGCUGUGUUCACAGUCUUUUGUGGAAAUUGGGAACAGUUUUUGUUAAUGUUAAUGUGGAUGUUCAAGCUUGACAAUCUGUCAUAAUUUACAGUUUUUAUAUAUUGGUAAUUGCCAAGAGCUGUCCAAAAGAACCUGUAAAAGUGAACUGUGUCUUCAGCAUAAUUUUAUUUACAGCCAUCAGGUGAAUACAUAGAAAGCAUAAAGUCUUACAUUUUAAAAUACCCACUUUUCCUGAAGGCAACAUAAUCAGGAAAGGCCCUGAGCUUUCUUUGCUAGGCUGUUACUCACAAUCCCAGGCCCUCUUCAGAUGAUGCCACCUCCGCACACCAGAACAGGGCUAAGAGUUUGAAACUAAAAAAAUACAAUCUCAAAGUGAAAAAAAAAAAUUGCAGGUGAAAAAAAAAUUUAAUCCGAAAACGUGAUUUGAAAAAAUAAGAUCCUAAUCUCAAAACAUUAAACCUGCAACUGAAAAAAUAAUACCUAGAAUUGAAAAAAAAAAAAAAAAAGAAUUAAAAAAUAUAUAUAUAUUUAAGAGUGAAAAUUGAAAAUUAAUGAUUUUAUCAAAAGAAUUCCAGAGCUGAAUCCAAACUACAUUUCAUCUUUUAUACAUUUAUUUCUAUUUUGAAUUAAGUGUUUUUAUUUUUUUUAAUUCAAGAUCAAACCGUGAGCUUUCAGUUUCAAAUUUUAUUUUUUAAUCUCUCUCUCUUUUUUUUUUUUUUUCAAAUUAACAAACCUUUUGGCCUGGAUUUAGCUCCAUAAUCAGUACCCGUUAAGAUAGUAAAAUCUUUACCUCUUUUCAUUUUUUUAGAUGCAGAGGCAUCGGGUCGGCCAGGACCUAGUAAACGCCUCAAUGAUCAGAAGAUGCUGAAGUUCCAUGUAAACAUGGAGACUGGCUUUGACCAGAGGCCUGAACUAGACCACAGCGGACACUCAGAUGACCCAUGUGAACAAGUUUUUCAGAGCAGGUAUGGUAUGGAAGACCUCAGUGGUUUUGACAAGUCUUGCUAUGGAGAUGCAAGUAUGCUGGACAUGGGUAACUUGGAGGGGUUACAAGGAUCACCCUCCCAACUGGGUGAGGAUAUGAGUUACAUGGGGAAGUAUGAGGGAAACGUGGAAGCACCAGAAGGAGCGGAGCAUCAAGUUUACCAAGCAGGCAACCCACGGAACAGAAGGGGAGUGGUUGGUUCAUCUGCAAUGUCACCAUCAAGAACUAACACCGAGGUUAGCGGUGAGUUCAGCUGCUUACUGAUCAAUGAAGAUGGGUAUCUACAGGACCCAAGUAUCUUGUAUCCUGAACAGAUGUCUGCAGAUUCAGGCAGUAGGUUGAGCCUGCGUGGCCAUGGUAUUCGAAUCGACCCUUCUUUAGAUGGCACAGGGGACAUGUAUGAGCCAUCAGAGGGCUACAGUGAUACUUUAAACCUGGCUGAGAGUUUGCAGCAUCAGCCUAGUGGGAGAGGAGGGAGGAGACUUACCUGUAAUCAAUGCUCUGCAUCCUUCUCUGACUCAGCCACAUUGAAAGCCCAUAAGCUGACACACAAAGGCAGUGGACAAGCCCCACCAUAUUCCUGCAACCAAUGUGGAAAGACUUUUACCCAAGCUUGUAACCUCAAAGUCCACCAGAGGAUCCACUCAGGGCAGGGUCUCCACCUUUGCAGCCACUGCGGGAAAGGUUUCCCUUCUUUCUCUGAUCUUAAGACACACAAGUGUGGCCAAACAGGUGACAAACCUUAUUGCUGCACUGUGUGUGGGAACAAGUUCAGCCGGCUCUGGAAUCUAAAGUUGCACAGGAGAAUUCACACACAGGAAAAACCUCAUCGGUGCACCAUGUGUGAUAAGAGCUUUACAAGGGCUGAUAUAUUGAAGGUUCACCAGCGUACCCACACCGGGGAAAGACCAUACUGCUGUGCUGUCUGUGGCCUCAGCUUCAAACGCUUGGAUCAUCUUAAAUCGCAUCAGCGCAAACACAUCACAGAUCUGUAAAGCUUUUGUUUUGUUUAUUUGGAACAGAUUUGCCCAAAAUGUAAUCAUACAUACUGCUAUUUCAACAUCCAAACAACCCAAAGUUUUGUAUUCACCCCCCUUAACUUUCUUUGUCUGCAAAAAGGAGCUCUUUGGUUGUAAGCUACAUUUUUUGUUUGUCUAAUAAAUACUGGACAAAAGUGUUUGUCAUGUUGGAUUAUAAACAUUGUGCAAAAAAAAAAAAAAAAAAUUAAAAGAACAAUUUACAA